AUGGAGAUCCUGGUGCCCCGGGCUCCCUCCCUCAGGGCCCAGCUUCUCCCGGGGGCCAGCAGGGGCGGGAAGGAGCUCGCCCCGCCCCCAGCCCGCCCCCAGCCCGCUGCCUUUACCCAAAAGGAGCCCCGAGCACAGCCUGACGUCAGGCCCCAGGAAGGCGCGGUCCGAGCGGGUGGGCGGGCGGAGCGGCUCUCGGAGCAGAGGCUGAGCGGGCUCCCCGUUUCCAGCCGCCCCGUGGCGAAGGAGCGGUUGGGUGAUGACAAGGGGACUCGCCUCUCAGGGCUAGUAGGGAACCUGGGUGCCAGUGGGACUUGUUCUCAGCACCCCAUCCAGCCCAAGCAGGCACCUCAGUUCCCUUCAGGAAAGGCCCAGGGCAUGCUGGCUGCUGUCAUGCCCUCUGUGUCUCCAGCGGGGCCCUUGGCCACAGCAGCCCCCAAUGCCACGGUGGCGGCAGCAGCCCCCAAUGCCACGGUGGUGGCAGCAGCGUGGGCCAACACCAGCGUGCCGGAGAUGUCGCUGUUCCACCUGUUUGCCCUGCUGGACGAGGAGCUGCACACUGCCUUCCCUGGCCUGUGGCUGGCGCUGAUGGCGGUGCACGGCGCCAUCUUCCUGGCGGGGCUGGUGCUCAACGGGCUGGCGCUGUACGUCUUCUGCUGCCGCACCCGGGCCAAGAUGCCAUCAGUCAUCUACACCAUCAACCUGGUGGUGACCGACCUGCUGGUGGGCCUGUCCCUGCCCACACGCUUCGCCGUCUUCUACAGUGCACGUGGCUGCCUGCACUGCGCUUUCCCGCACGUCCUCGGCUACUUUGUCAACAUGCACUGCUCCAUCCUCUUCCUCACCUGCAUCUGUGUGGACCGCUACCUGGCCAUCGUGCGGCCCGAUGGCUCCCACCGCUGGCGCCAGCCUGCCUGCGCCAAGGCCGUGUGUGCCUUCGUGUGGCUGGCCGCCGUUGCCGUCACCCUGUCCGUGCUGGGUGUGACCACUGGCAGCCGGCCCUGCUGCCGGAUCUUCGCGCUGACCGUCCUGGAGUUCCUGCUGCCGCUGCUGGUCAUCAGCGUGUUCACGGGCCGCAUCGUAUGCGCAUUGUCACGUCCGGGCCUGCUGCGUCAGGGCCGCCAGCGCCGUGUGCGGGCCAUGCAGCUGCUGCUCACGGUGCUUGUCAUCUUCCUCGUCUGCUUCACGCCCUUCCACGCCCGCCAGGUGGCCGUGGCGCUGUGGCCCAACAUGCCGCACCACACGAGCCUCGUGGUCUACCACGUGGCUGUGACCCUCAGCAGCCUGAACAGCUGCAUGGACCCCAUCGUCUACUGCUUUGUCACCAGCAGCUUCCAGGCCACCGUCCGCGGUCUCUUCCGCCGGCGUGGAGCAGAGCGUGAGCCUGGCAGCGGCGACCUGAUCAGCAUCCACAAGAGCUCCAAGGGCUCAGGCCAGCACCACGUCCUCAGCACUGGCCCUUGUGUGCUCACCCAGGCCCUGGCUAAUGGGCCUGAGGCUUAG